CGGCACACACGCAGCCAGCUACUACAGUAGCCCCGGAAGCCACACGGCGCUGCUUUUCGCUUUCGUGCCCCGCUAUGCUACUAUCCUACUACUGUAUGCCAUGCCAUGGGCAAAUGCCUCCAGCCUGUCCGGCGGCCCCACUGUGGUGCUGUGCCUGUUGUCCAAGAGUCCCCGUCGUGACCUCGCGGCCUCCACCACCCAACCUAACCCAGCUCCCUCUGCUGCACACCUGCACCCAGGGCGUGAGCUAUCCGCCUUCCCUUGCCAGUGGCCCUACGGUGCCCUCCCCCAAAAGUCUCUGGCCUCCUCCUCCUCCCCUGCACCUCCACUGCCCCCUAGGCAAUAUAGGGAGCCCAGGGAAAAAAAAGGUUCGCUGCAGCCGUGCGUGUGUUCUUGGUGAGGUACGUGGGUACCGCCGAUUAUUCCAUAUUGCGUAGCUGGCUCUGCACUCUGCGUCUGCUCUGAUGGACCCCCAUGUCAACGUCUUCCCAAGCUCAUAAGUGGAACUAUCCGUCACUGCUCUCCUCGUUCACCCAUCACUUCAUAUAACAUCAGCCUCCUCCUCCUCCCCCUCCUCCUCGACACCCCCCCCACCCGUGCCACUCUAC